CUUUAAUGUUCCUGCUGCUCCUUCUGUCUUACAUUUUGGGCCUGACUGCCUCUCCAUUCAUAAUCGAGCGCAUACUCAGAACUUUCUCAAAAAAUAGAAAACGAAUAACAAUAAACAGGCCAAUUGGUAAGAGGAGCAUCUCCUCAAACCAAUCAAGUAUAAUUGAGGCUUCUCAACAUGUGUGCACAGAUGUGGCAUGGUUCAACCUGCUCAUGCAACGGCUGUGGGUUGAGCUGAGCGUGUCAUACGCUCACAAAGACCGGAUGUGCAGGGGUCUCAUGAGAAGAAUGGCAUCCAUGCGCACUAAGCGGAUACUUAGCGAUUUGGUGAUCGAGGACAUCAAAAUAUCACCUGAAGCACCAGUGAUUGGCAACGUGCGUGUUAUCGAUGAUGAGCAGUGUGCACUGCUCAUGAAAAAGAUGAAAAAGGGAAGAAAUGCGCGGAGAAAGAUUGAUGAACUGAUAGAGAGCAACCUUACGGUCUUAAAGAACGAGUUGAACAGGUAUUUUGAUGAGCGGAGUGCGCGUGUAGAUCAUGCGAGCAUACAGGGCACAGUGCGUGAGGAUGCGGACACACUGAGUGACUCAUUUCUUGAACUGGAUGGCACCAAGGAUGAGACAUUCGUGUUUGACCGUGUGCACACGAUUCUUGAUGUAGAGUACAACGGCGAAACAAAAUUCUUUCUAACAGUGAAUCUGCUAAAAAAACUGAAGGUGAACGCAGUGUGCACACUCGGCAGGUUCAGUGGGAAGGUGCUGUGCAAUAUUCCGUCCAUCUCGUCCAACACUCGCUGGGAGCUUUCAUUUCUUUCUGAUCCUCAAUUUACGGUCACGGUCAAAGCGUUUUUAAGCACCACGACAGGCGAAAACAUUUACUUCGAGGGCGUGGUGAGCUCCAUCCUCAAGAAAGUUCUUAAAUACGGUUUGAUGACCAAAAUGCUGUUCCCCAAUUUUUACCAGUUCCCGCUGCCCAUGGUCAGCCCCAGCCUCAAGUUUGUUAAUCACAGCGUGCCGAUCUUCAGCAACGCAGAUUACCAAUCGUGGUGCAAGGACGUGGCGAACAAGAUAAGGCUGUACAUGACGAUGAACUACAAGGCCAUCAAAAGAAGAGCACAUUACGUUUUGCUAAGGAACUCAUCGUAUAUAAACAACAGCACAGACCGGAUUUAUCUGGCAGAGCUCAUUUUUGACAAAGAUGCGGUUAGGAGCAUUUUGAGCGAUAGGUACGGAAAUGGCAGCGAAACGGGUAACGCGAUAGUAUGUGAUGGUAAGAAUGAUGGGAAGAGGGUGGUACAAUCCGGUGUUGCGAACAGAAUGAGAUUGGAUGAGUUUACCGAACCUGAUGGUGGCAGAUCAAACAGUGUCAGGUCAAGAACAUCAGGAGAAGACAAAGAAGAGGACGAUUUGGAGAAAGGUUCAACACAAAAUGGUGCAAAAACGGACGAUGAAUCGUGCUAUAGCACAACAAGCACGUUUAAAGCAGAAUGCAGGACUCGUGGAUGUGAACGGCUUGGUAAGCAGACUGGGGUAGGAAAAUCGAGUCAAACGGGGGAAAUGGCCGUAAGCGAACACAUGUCCGAAAAUAAGAAGUACAAAAUGCUCCGUGAGAAGAUGAGAAUUGGCGAUGAGGACAUUCUUUUACUGAUGGAUUUUUAUGAGCUGGACGUAUUCGGUGCGAUGUAUAAGAAUUUUCUGUACUUCAAAGAGAUAGAGGAGAUCAGCGGAAGAGUGUCAAGAGUUCGGUUGUACUUCCAAAACGAGUGCUACGAUUACAUACGUAUCGUGGAGGAGGAUACCAUGUUCUUCCAGCGGAGCGAUCAGAGGGAGCCCGAGUUUAUGGCAGUUCAUGUGUACAAUGGGAAAGUGCAAUUGUACUAUUAUCUGACGAACCGCUCGUUUUUUAUUAGCCAGGAGGAUGUAUCGAAGAUGCACGCGUGCUUCUUCGAGAAGAGAGAGCACGAGGUGCGCAACACGAACAAUGACAAGAUCGAUCGGUUAAAUGUGGAUGAUUUGGUGCAGCGAAUAGAGGGGAUACGGGAGACCAACACGAACUACGUUGAGAAGAGCAUUUUGCUGGAGUUGGAGAAAAAUGAGUUGGUCGAUGUGCUUGGGAACACGAGCCUGCGCCUAAAGCUGUUCGGGAUGUGCGCAUCAGUCGUUACUUCCAAGCAAAUUAGCACGAACCUGAAGGUGUACCUGGUCAGGUACAAGGAUGUUGAAUGCAUGGUGCUCAACUACACAGAUCCAGAGGUGCUGGUGGACACAAUACUAACCAAUGAGAAUAGCACCGUGGUGUACAACAUAAAAGACUUUGAGACGACACGAUGCAUGUACAUAAGUUACACGGAAGACCUGGAGGCACAUCUCCACGAUUAUUUCCUUCCUUCGCUGAUGUUCCGCAUGCGUAUGCUUAGCUACAGCAAGAACAAGAGUUUGUUCGAGUCCGUAUACAACAAAAGCCUGGAGUACCGUUUUCCGGUCGAAACAGGCAGCAUAAUUUUUCUUGAGGUGCACAGCGAAAUUACUGACGAGUUUUACGUGACCAUAACGGCUGACAGGCGAAAAAUAGUCAACAACCUCAAAAUAGUCACAGCAAGCAAUGCGCAGUUUCUUUUCUCGCUGAAGGGACGCAACAAAAUCAAAAUCGGCAUCAGGCCGAAGACACCACGCAACAGGAAAUUGUACGUUAAUCUAGCACAGCAUCCCGUGCACAUGGUAAAGAACGAACUGGUGAUCGAAUGUGUCACGUCUUUAGCGGGCAACAGCUCAAAAUAUGUUAAAUUUGAUGCUGACUGCGAUAACAGAAUGAUUUGGGACCUGGAGGGAGGAAAGGAUGUGAAGUAUCUUCUGAGCAACGACAGGCACAGCUCGGUUAUAAAGGGAUUCGGAGUGCUGUACUGCCAAAACCAGUGCUACAGGCUGGAAAUUACCAAUGAAGGAAUUAAAGAGCGUAAUGUCAAGCUGUUAAUCGGGGUGACGCCCUCUAAGCUAUAGUGGUUAAUGUGAAGUUCAAAACUGUACAAGUGCCGGUUUAUUACCAGAAUACGGCGCCAUGAGCGGUGUGUAACAAUGGAGAUGCCAAGAUGCGGGAUGGGUAUAUGGCAGCUGCACAAGUAAAGGUUCCUUGAUGAUCGCAAAUGUCAAAAUUAUUAUUCUUCAUGUCAACACCAAGCAAAGUAUCCUCUUUAAGCAACAAUCGUUGAAAACGAUCCCUCUCCGUCAACAUUGAGCAAGGCAUCCCAUUUAGAAAGCAAUACGGAACAAUCAAGAGCACUUGAUCCAAACGAUCAUCAGGCACGUAUUGAUAGCUAUAACUUGCUUGUUGGCACGGUUGUGAGAUGAAAAACCAAAUUUACUGAGAAAUACGCACAGAAGCACGCAUCAUUCAUUAAACAACAUAAUUUUUGACAGA